AUGGAAUCCGACGGCGAGGUCUCGCCGCCAUCGCCGCCGCAGGCGCAGGGGCCGUGCGGCGCGGGCCACCGCGCGUCGCACUCGCUCCCGACGUCGGCGGGCGGCCGCGUCUGCGUCUCCUGCGCCGCCGCGCUCCUCUCCUCCGCCUCCGCGCCGUCGCACCACGUCUCCCACGUGCUCGCCUCCCUCUCCCUCGCCCUCGCCGACCCGGCCUUCCUCGCGCCGCUCCGCGCCGCACACCCGCACCUCCUCGCGGCGCCACUCGCCGACGCGCUCGCCGGCGCCGCCUCCCGCCGCGACGCGGCCCUGGCCGCGCAGGCGUCCGACCUCGCCGCCGACCUCGCGUCCGCCGUCGGCCCGCCCGCCGCCUCCGGGCUCGUCGCGCGCCUCGCCCGCCUCCUCUCCUCCGGUUCCCUUGUCAAGCACCUACACACGCUACAUUGCAUGGGUGUCUUGCUAAAUUCCAUUGAAGGUGCCGCGUCAUGCAUUGGGGACAAGAUCUCUCUUUUUUUAAACCUUGUUAACGAUCUCCGACUACCAAGUGAUGAGAUUCGUGGAGAGAUACUAUUUGUGCUGUACAAACUCUCUCUGUUAAACUCUACCCCAUGGGACAAUAUAUGUGAUAAUGACAAUGUGGACCUUUCUGCAAUUGGAAGAAGCUUGCUCCAACUCUCUCUUGAAGUCCUACUCAAAACUCAAAUCAAUGCUGUUCGCUUGAACUGUAUUGCAUUGCUCCUUACCUUAGCAAAGAAGGGGGCCUUUGAUAUUUUGCUGCUUGGUGAUCAGAAUUUAAUGAACUCUAUAGAGGCAGAGGGGUCCAGGCAGACAGAUGAUGUGUCCCUGAAUGCUUCUAUCAUAGUUCUGUUUGCCGAUGCUGUCAAAGGAUCUCUGUUAUCUACUAAUCUAGAAGUACAAACUGGGACAUUGGAUUUGAUCUUUCAUUUCCUAUCAUCUGAUGCAAAUAUUUUUGUCCUACUUCAAACUUUGAUAGAUGAAAAUGUUGCUGAUUAUGUAUUUGAGGUUCUGCGGUUAUCUGGAAGUAAUGACAAACUGGUCAUUUCCUCUAUUCAAGUACUAUCUCUUUUAGCAACUUCAGAAGAGAGAUUCAAAGAAAAGCUUGCCAUCGGUUUUUCCACUCUGCUUCCUGUUUUUCACUAUGUUGCUGAGAUUCCAUUUCAUCCAGUCCAACCUCAAGUUCUACGACUUGUCUGGAUAUGCAUUGUUAAUUGUUCUGGUAUCCUGUCAUUGUCUCAAGAAGAACAGAUAGCAUGUACUUUGACUUCAGUUUUGAGAAGAAAUGGCAAUGGUGAACUUGGCAUGUGUUCUGAAACAUUUGUUCUUGUCUGCUUAAUAUUAAUAGAGAUUCUGAGGUCACCAUCUGCUCAUAAUAUCCAGGCAUUACCAUCAUUUAUUGAAGAAGCAUCAAAACAUGCUAUCUCUUCAACAUUACCUCAUGGUUAUGAUUGUGCGUUCCUUGUACCACAUUCCCUUCGUCUUCUAAAAGAAGCACUUAUAUUCUGUCUUGAAGGGAAUAAAGAGAACAUAUCUGUCAAGAAGGAUCUUGAGGAUAGCGUCAUUAACAUUUGUGGAACAAAUUUACUGCAAUGGCUUGAAAGUGCUGUUGCUGAUGGUGAUGAUGACGAAGCAUUGGGAGAGAUCCUGCAAAUUUUCCAUAUUGUUUUAUCAAGGACAUCUCACAACAAGCAACUGAAGUUUGCUGAGAUGCUUGCAUCAUCAUCAUGGUUUAGCUUGUCAUUUGGAUUCAUGGGCUUAUUUCCUACCGAAGAUGUCAAGUCAGUAGUAUAUUUGGUCACUAGUUCAGUUGUUGACAAAAUUUUGGGCUGUAAAUAUGGGGAAACAAUUAGAGAUGCAUAUGUAUACCUGCCAUCAGACCCUGCAGAACUUAUGCACUUACUUGGGCAAUGUAGCUUAGAAGACUUCAACCUGGCAGCAUGCCAGUGUGCUAUUCUUGUUAUACUGUAUGCAUGUUCAUUCUACAAUGAAAGGCUGGUUGGUGACAACCAAAUUCUGGCUUUGGUUGAGCAAUACAUCCUUCUCAACGGUGGGAAGUUCCCCUAUGAAAUCACUGGUCAUGUGAUGCUUACUCUGCUGGUCCAUCUGUAUGCCUUUGUGAGAGGCAUUUCAUUUAGCUGCAGCAUUUCACAUAGUCCAGAAGUUGAGAAAACUCUCUUCCGGGUAAUGGCAUGUAAUGAGUGGGAUUUUCUUUUGAUCCGUGUCCAUCCAAUAGCACUAAAAUGGCUCUUCCAGAAGGGAGAACUUAUGGAACCACUAUCCUUCCAGAUGCUGAAUUUCUGUAGAACUUUUUCUGAAGACAAAACUGUGAUGCUUUCAAACAGCAGUCAGUUGGUGGACAUACAGAUGAUUGCAGAACUUGUACUUGUUGGAGAAACCAGCAUCUCGUAUUUGCUGGUAUCCUUGCUAAAUCAGGUUGUAAAUGAGGGCACAGAAGAUGACGUCUUCUCAGUGGUUAAUGUUAUUCAUGAAAUCCUAGUGAUUGCUCCUUGUUCUUCUGAUCAGUUUACAUCAUGCGGUGUUGUUGAUGCAGUUGGUUCUAUAUAUAGCUCACCAUAUUCUUCAAGGAUCAAAUCAUUGUGCUCCUUUUUGAUCUUUAACAUUUUAUGUUCAGCAAGUGUGAUGGCAUUGGCCCAGGAAGAUGAAUGGCUUGCUCUUACCAUGAAGCUACUGGAGUAUUUCAAUUCUAGUCUUGAUUGUAUAUCAAGUCACCAAAAACAUAAGAUAUUGAUCGGGACAUUUUGCCUUAUUUUACAUCAUUCGGCAAACAAAGUGCUUAUGGAGCCUGCGAAAGCGAUAAUCCUGAACAGUUCACUUGUUUCUUUGACGGAUGGUGUAAUACAAGAGGCUCGCGCAAAGGGUCCUUCUUUACUUCAACACAAUCAGGAGACAGACUUUGGGGGAUUCAUGAUUUUUAUACUUCAACUAGUGUAUUUCUCCUUAAGGAGUUUGCAUGCUAUCCUAGAUCCAAAUAUUGACUGGCAGGAAUUCCUCCAAGAUUCAGAUAACCCCCAGUCUUUCUGUGUUGUUGGCAUCUCAUGCCAUGAUUUGUGCCGUCUCAUGUACUUUGGUCCUUGCCCUAUUAAGCUUAUUGCUUCACAAUGCCUGUUGGAAUUGAUCACCAGCAUUUCAGAACAGAGAAGCUAUCUCAACGCUGAAUUAAGAUGCUCUGCAAAAUACAUGAAAUCCAUUAUCGCAGUGGUAGAGGGUUUAGUCUUCAGCCAGGACAGCAGAGUUGCCGAAAAUUGUGGUUCCUCUCUCUCAAUGAUUUUACGUUGGGAAAAUUUUGGAAGCCAGGAGAAUACACUUGUCAGGAAAUCUAAAUGGUCACGGUUAAUAAUGGAGGAAUUCACAGUUGCCUUGACUGCUCCUGGUUUGACGUCAAAAUCUUUCAGUAAUCACCAGAAGAUUGCAGCGAGUAUAGCUGUUUCGUUGCUCAAACUAAGCCCAGUACCAGAUUGGUUGACAUCAUUGUUUGAUAAUUCUUUGAUAUCUGGUGUAGUUGCUAAUCUUUCUGCUAGGAAUAUUACUGCAGAAAUUGUUAACUUAUUCAGUGAGCUUAUGGCUACGAAAUAUCUCACUCAAGAGCACAUUGUUGCGCUACAUAACUUGUUCCAGGUCUGCAGAAGACAGGUCUACGAGGGAAGUUCGAAGGCGUGUCUGUCAGAGAAAAAGGCUGAAGAAAGGGUGGCAAGGAGUGUCGAUGACGAGCGUGCCUUGCUCUUUGACAUGGUGCUGAAUCAGCAUGCAGCCUCGUGCACGGUGCAGAUGGAGCAGCAGAAGCUUCUGCACGAGAUUGAUUUGUUCUUCCAGGAGUCGAGCCAACGACAGCAACAGUAAGACUGACCAACUUGUACAGCUAUUUUCCAACAAUACUACAGUUUAUGGUGUGCAGCAAGGGUCGGAGAUCCUUUCCCCUGAUCAUCCUGAGAAGUUCCAGAUCACUGCUUAUAAUAGCGUCACCGUGUGUCGGUAUGCAAUCUGUACCGUGGAUACACGUCGCAGUUUGCAAGAAUAUGCUGUACAUGCGUGGAGUAUAUGCGAACUCUUGUUGUCUGCCUUUCUUCUGUUGGAUAUAUGCAUUGUCCAGCACAACCAGAGUCAAGAGCACGAACAUGGUUGAGAAAUAUAUGGAAGGAAACUGGCCUUUUCGCCACGGUUUGCUGGUGUUACCAGAAGGCAAAUUGUAAUGGCUGCGGUCUUGCAUUCUCCAGAUGACUUUGUACAAUGAGUAUGAAGUAUGCUAUGCAAAAAUGACAAAAAAAAAAGCAUACCAUGUAAAUAGAAGAAUAUGGCAAGUUUUGUUGAAAAUGUGCCAGUGCCAAUAUAUCCCACUUUCCCUAAAAGUUGAUUGUUUAACUGUUUGAAACUUGUUAUUUUUGUAUCACUAUCAUUGGUCGAUAGACAACUGAAACUCAAGUUCUAUAAAAUUAAGAUCAGGUUGACAAUGGAUUGACUAGUU